UCACGGGGAUGCAAGGUGGACACACUGUAAGCGCGCAGUGGUACUCGAGUUCUCUGCCACCGAUCAUUGAACAACGUGCGACUUUUCGUCCAAAUUUACACAACAGAAAAUUAAAAUGCAGCUAGAAAAGUUGCCACAGGUCAGCAAAACCUCUUUCUCUGUAGCAGACAUCCUGGAUCCGUCUAAAUUCACUGGGAGUCCAAGCAGUACCCAUCCGAGCCAUGGUUCAACUGCUGAGAGUGACGCUGCAAGAGGGACCACAGGUGGGGCAGCCAUUCCAGAAAGCCAUUCCAAGAGAUUAGAAUUCCAAAGUGGUCCAGCAGCCAGUAACUGCUCCACCACAGUGGACUCAGCUGUGUUGGCGGAAAGUAAAGCGAGCGAGGCUCACCCUGCAUUUGCGUGCCGUAGCCUGGAGAGUUCAAAGGGCAAGUCACGGCGGGUUCGGACAGCGUUCACCUUGGAUCAACUACACAUCCUAGAACAUAGUUUCCACAGCAGCCACUACCUGUCUGUAUUCGAGCGCUAUGCCAUCGCCUUGAUGCUCCGUCUCACAGAGACCCAGGUGAAGAUCUGGUUCCAGAACCGACGCACCAAGUGGAAGACAGAGUGUGAGGGGAAAGGGGUGCCUGAAGAGCAGCUCCAGUGUGGGGUCAGAUACCCCUCACCUCCUCCUGUCUAUCCUACAACCAUACCACUAUACAACAAAAUGCAUUUUCACCAGGGACCACAGAUUCAACUGUUCACACCACCAACCUUCCUCACUCCACAAUACCACCAUCAUCCAUAUUAGAUGAGAAAAUUUUUAGCUUACCAUUUGCAAGACAUAUGGUUGCGGUUUCAAUCAGAUUGAGCUCACAGUUUAGACACUAUAACCUGCUAUGUCAUAAAGGUAUUUGUGCAAUGUAAUAGGCCACUGUAAAUUUAUAUAGGUAUUUAUAAUGAGUUACUAUUUAUGUGCUGUUUAAAAGCCAGUGGAAAACUAUGCCAAUCUAUCCCAUAUGCCAAAGGAUUAUUGCUGUGAAAUGUUGAAUGAUAGGCUUAUUUUCUUGGAUAUAAUGUCCAUACACGAAGAUUAAAUAUUUUUGUACUG